CGCCGCCGAACACCCGCGCACGCGCACGCGCACGCGCUCGCCGUCCGUCGCGCGCGCCCGCCGCCGCACGACCGAAGCGUCCGCCUUCGCCCCGCGCGCGGGAUCUGGGCGGGAGGGAAAAAAAACCAAAGCGCGACUGACUCGCUUCUUCGCGUCGACCGGUCGCCAUGGCGCCGUCGUACUCGUUCCCGAUCUUGAGCAACCACGACAUCAUCGCGUGCAUGCGCGAGCUCGACGUCGAGCUCACGGAGCAGGCACUCCUGAAACCGCACCCGGACACGCUCUACCGCGCGUACAUGGACCUCGUCUGCGUCCUGUGCGGCACGAGCCGCGAGGAGAUGUACACACCGAACCUCGAGGUGGCGGAGCGCGUGUUCGAUUACCCGGAGCUGUACGAGGAAGCGAUCGGGAACUUGGUCUUCCACCGCAAGCUGUUCGAGCUGAUGGAGACGUGCGGGGUACCGGACUUUGGGUUGAGAGACAUGAUGAAGCCCGAGUACGCGCGGACGCGAAGGAACCUCAGCGCGCUCAUCAAUUUCGCGAAAUUCCGCGAGGAGAAACUCGCGGAGUGGGAAGAAGAGAUGGCGGACGUCAUCGAGGCGGACGCGCGGCACGAGGCGGCGCUCAAGCGCAACGCGGAGCUCAAGGCGAUGAUCAAGGAGAUCCAGGACGCGCAGAAGGCGGACGAGGAGAGCGGCGUGGACGUGUCGGAGCUGCUGAAGGAGGUUGAGGCGCUGCGAGAGGAGGAGGAGACGAAGCGAAUCGAAUUCGAAGCGCUCGAGAAGCGCGCCGCCGACGCGGAGGCGGCGAUCGCGGCGGCGAAGAAGGAGGAGGACGAGGCGAAGGCUGCGCUCCUCGAGGCGGAGAUGGAGCAGACGCGAUUGGAGGAGGAGAUCAAAGAGGCGAAGAAGAGCGAGGGCGGCGGCGGCGAAGGCGCGGAGGCGGCGGCGCUGAGGGAGCAGGUGGAGCGAGAGAAGGCGGAGCUCGCGGCGGCGGAGAAGAACCUCGAGAAGAUCAGAGAGGAGACGCGCUUGAAGAACGAGAUGGCGGAGGAAGUGCAGAAGAUCAACGACGAGAUGCAGGAGCUCGUGAAGAUGCAAGAGGAGAUCGCGGAGGACGAGCAGAAGACGAAAGAGGCCAAGGCGAAGCUGAAGGACAUGGAGGAGGAAAAGUACAAGGUUGAACUUCGCAUCGAGACGCUGAAGCGUCAAGCCGCGAACCACGACGAGAAGAUGGAGCGCCUGAAGAAGCAGGGCGAGCUGAAGAAGCAAGCCGCGGAGGCGUCGCUGAAGGCUGCGAAAGAGGAGCUCGAGGCGGUGAAAGCGCGCCGAGCGGCGGACGAGGCGAAGAGCGCGGAGGAGGAGAAUCAGGCGCGUUCGAUACACUGGUCCCCAUACGACCGCGUCGGCGUGGUGGACGCCGAUCCUUAA